GUAGAGCAAAGCCAAGCCAUUUUCAAUCUCCAGAUCGAGUUGGAGGCGAAAUGUUCCGCCCUGGACACCGCGGUCUCUCGAGCCACUGACGCCGAAACGAGUGCUGCUGAAGCUCAAGCCGAGGUGGGCUCUCUUCAGGAGAAACUUGCCUGCGCUAAACAGCUCCUGAUGCGAGCUCGAAAAGACGCCAAUGAGGCUGAAAAGAAGGCCGAUAGGGUGAAUGAAGUGGAAAAGGAGUUGGAAGGUGUUAAAGAGGAGCUUGAAGCAGCUAAACGCAACAUUCUCCAGGCUGCUCAGGAGAAGAUGGCGUUGGAAAGGGAGCUGGUUGAGGUGAAGGAAGAAAAGGAAAGAAUUGAGGCACGUGUCAGUGUACUGCAGAAACAAUUUGAGUCGUAUAAAGUGAAGGCGAGUGCAUGGCUCUACUUUUAA